CUUAUCAACUUAUUUUAUUUUUUAUUUUUAAGUUCAUCGCUAUCCUCGAGAACCACAAAAUUCAAUUCCAAUGGUCCAAUGAAUAAGGUAUUCGGCUCUGGAUUUGAAUUUUCCUGUUGUCGCACUUCUAUAAAUAUACCCAAUUCUUUAUUCUUCAUUUACUCGAAUACCCCCACCUUGUCCACCAGGAAAAACUAGAAUUUUCUCGCCCACCGAACCCUUUUCUUUCUCGGGAAAAUCCAAUGGGAAAUAUGGGAUUGUUUGAUCUGGAGAAGCACUUUGCCUUCUAUGGGGCAUAUCACAAAAACCCAGUGAAUAUCUUCAUACACAUGUUGUUUGUGUGGCCAAUCUUCUUCACUUCUCUUGUUCUUUUCUAUUUCACACCUUCUGUCUACUACCUGAACUGCCCAUUUCAGUGCAGUCAUGGAUUGGCUCUCAACUUUGGCUUCUUCUUUGCCUUGAUCUAUGCUUUGUUCUAUGUGUGUUUGGACAAGAAAGCUGGUUCUUUGGGUGCUUUAAUCUGUCUAGUCUGUUGGGUUGGGAGUAAUUUUCUUGCUAGAAAUCUCGGAUAUUCUCUGGCUUGGAAGGUUGUUCUUGCAGCACAGCUGUUCUGUUGGACUGGACAGUUUAUAGGCCACGGUGUGUUUGAGAAACGAGCACCAGCUCUUUUGGACAACCUUGUUCAAGCCUUCUUAAUGGCUCCUUUCUUUGUAUUACUUGAGGCUCUUCAAACGUUCUUUGGUUACGAACCAUAUCCAGGAUUUCAUGCAACUGUAAAAGCAAAGGUAGAUGCUGAGAUCAAGGAAUGGCAGGAGACGAAACAGAAGAAAAUUUCGUAGCUUGAUCUAAUUGAUGUUUUAUUUGAUCGUAGUUUGUACUUGCCAAAAAAAAAAAAAAUGAUCACUGUUUGUGCUAAGUUUCUGUAAACAAAGAGAGGAAGUGGAUUGUGCAAUACCAAUCCGUGUACACACAUGAAAUAUUAAUAAGAUCUUCUCAACUUCUUAAUCA